GGUCGGAAGUGAGGGCGGGCGGUGGGGCCGUUGCCGCAGUGACAGUGCUGGGGGAGUCCGAAGAUGGCGGCGUCGCGUCGCUCUCAGCAUCAUCACCACCAUCAUCAACAACAGCUUCAGCCCGCCCCAGGGGCUUCGGCGCCGCCGCCACCACCUCCCCCCCCACUCAGCCCCGGCCUGGCCCCGGGGACCACCCCAGCUUCCCCAACGGCGGGUGGCCUGGCCCCCUUCGCCUCCCCGCGGCACGGCCUAGCGCUGCCGGAGGGUGAUGGCAGUCGGGAUCCACCCGACAGGCCUCGAUCCCCGGACCCGGUUGACAGUACCAGCUGUUGCAGUACCACCAGCACAAUCUGUACCGUCGCCGCCGCUCCCGUGGCCCCGGCGGUUUCCGCUUCAUCUGCCGUCGGGGUCGCCCCCAACCCAGCCGGCGGUGGCAAUAACAAUUCACCGUCGUCCUCUUCUUCCCCGACUUCUUCCUCAUCUUCCUCUCCAUCCUCCCCUGGAUCGAGUUUGGCGGAGAGCCCCGAGGCCGCAGGAGUUAGCACCACAGCAACAUUGGGGCCUGGGGCAGCGGGACCUGGGUCAGGGGUCCCAGCAGUGAGCGGGGCCCUACGGGAACUGUUGGAGGCCUGUCGCAAUGGGGACGUGUCCCGGGUAAAGAGGCUGGUGGACGCGGCAAACGUGAAUGCUAAGGACAUGGCCGGCCGGAAGUCUUCUCCCCUGCACUUCGCUGCAGGGUUUGGAAGGAAAGAUGUCGUAGAACACUUACUACAGAUGGGUGCUAACGUCCAUGCUCGUGAUGAUGGAGGUCUCAUUCCACUUCAUAAUGCCUGUUCUUUCGGCCAUGCUGAGGUUGUAAGUCUGUUACUGUGCCAAGGAGCUGAUCCAAAUGCCCGGGAUAACUGGAACUAUACCCCUCUGCAUGAAGCUGCUAUCAAAGGGAAAAUCGACGUAUGUAUUGUGCUGCUGCAGCACGGAGCUGAUCCAAACAUUCGGAACACUGAUGGGAAAUCAGCCCUGGACCUGGCGGAUUCUUCAGCAAAAGCUGUCCUUACAGGUGAAUACAAGAAAGACGAACUCCUAGAAGCUGCUAGGAGCGGUAAUGAAGAAAAACUAAUGGCUUUACUGACUCCUCUCAACGUGAAUUGCCAUGCAAGUGAUGGGCGAAAGUCUACCCCUCUACAUCUAGCAGCGGGCUACAACAGAGUUCGGAUAGUGCAGUUGCUUCUCCAGCACGGAGCCGAUGUUCACGCGAAAGACAAAGGUGGACUUGUGCCUCUUCAUAAUGCAUGUUCGUAUGGACAUUAUGAAGUCACAGAACUGCUACUAAAGCAUGGAGCUUGUGUUAAUGCUAUGGAUCUCUGGCAGUUCACUCCACUCCAUGAGGCUGCUUCCAAGAAUCGCGUGGAAGUCUGUUCUUUGUUACUUAGCCACGGUGCCGAUCCUACCUUAGUCAACUGCCAUGGCAAAAGCGCCGUAGAUAUGGCUCCCACUCCUGAGCUCCGGGAGAGAUUGACUUAUGAAUUUAAAGGUCAUUCUUUACUACAAGCAGCCAGAGAAGCAGAUCUAGCCAAAGUCAAAAAAACACUCGCUUUGGAAAUCAUUAAUUUCAAACAACCACAGUCUCAUGAAACUGCACUGCACUGUGCUGUGGCCUCCCUGCAUCCCAAAAGAAAACAAGUGACAGAACUAUUACUUAGGAAAGGAGCGAAUGUUAAUGAAAAGAAUAAAGAUUUCAUGACUCCCCUGCACGUCGCAGCAGAGCGAGCUCACAAUGAUGUCAUGGAAGUUCUACAUAAGCAUGGAGCAAAGAUGAACGCACUGGACACCCUUGGUCAAACUGCUUUGCAUCGAGCUGCCCUCGCAGGUCACCUGCAGACCUGCCGCCUCCUGCUGACUUACGGCUCUGAUCCUUCCAUCAUCUCCUUACAAGGCUUUACAGCCGCGCAGAUGGGCAACGAAGCCGUGCAGCAGAUCCUAAGUGAAAGUACACCUAUACGCACUUCUGAUGUUGACUAUCGACUCCUAGAGGCAUCUAAAGCUGGAGACUUGGAAACUGUGAAGCAACUUUGCAGCCCUCAGAAUGUGAACUGCAGAGAUCUGGAAGGCCGGCAUUCUACCCCUUUACACUUUGCGGCAGGCUACAAUCGCGUGUCUGUCGUGGAGUACCUUCUGCACCACGGUGCCGACGUCCACGCCAAAGACAAAGGUGGCUUGGUACCCCUGCAUAAUGCUUGUUCAUAUGGACACUAUGAGGUAGCUGAGCUUUUAGUAAGGCAUGGGGCUUCUGUCAAUGUGGCGGACUUAUGGAAAUUUACCCCUCUGCAUGAAGCAGCAGCUAAAGGAAAAUAUGAAAUCUGCAAGCUCCUUUUAAAACAUGGAGCAGAUCCAACCAAAAAGAACCGAGAUGGAAAUACACCAUUAGAUCUGGUAAAGGAGGGAGACACAGAUAUCCAGGACUUGCUGAGAGGAGACGCCGCCUUGCUGGAUGCCGCCAAGAAGGGCUGCCUGGCAAGAGUGCAGAAGCUGUGCACGCCGGACAACAUCAACUGCAGGGACACCCAGGGCAGGAACUCAACCCCUCUGCACCUGGCAGCAGGCUACAAUAAUCUGGAAGUAGCUGAGUAUCUUCUGGAGCAUGGAGCAGACGUUAAUGCCCAAGACAAAGGUGGUCUAAUUCCUCUUCAUAAUGCAGCGUCCUACGGGCAUGUGGAUAUAGCAGCAUUAUUGAUAAAAUACAACACGUGUGUAAAUGCCACAGAUAAGUGGGCAUUUACUCCUCUUCAUGAAGCAGCCCAGAAAGGAAGGACCCAGUUAUGUGCCCUACUUCUGGCCCAUGGUGCGGAUCCCACUAUGAAGAACCAAGAAGGUCAGACACCUUUAGAUCUGGCAACAGCCGAUGACAUAAGAGCUUUGCUGAUAGAUGCCAUGCCCCCGGAGGCCCUGCCUACCUGUUUUAAACCUCAGGCCACCGUAGUGAGUGCCUCUCUGAUCUCACCAGCAUCCACCCCCUCCUGCCUGUCUGCUGCUAGCAGCAUCGAUAACCUCACCGGCCCUUUGGCGGAACUGGCAGUAGGAGGACCGUCCAACACAGGGGACGGGGCAGCAGGCGCAGAAAGGAAGGAAGGAGAAGUUGCGGGUCUUGACAUGAAUAUCAGCCAGUUCCUAAAAAGCCUUGGUCUUGAGCACCUUCGGGACAUCUUUGAAACAGAACAGAUUACACUAGAUGUACUGGCUGAUAUGGGCCAUGAGGAGUUGAAAGAAAUAGGCAUCAAUGCAUAUGGACACCGCCAUAAAUUAAUCAAAGGAGUAGAAAGACUAUUAGGUGGACAACAAGGCACCAAUCCUUAUUUGACGUUUCACUGUGUUAAUCAGGGAACUAUUUUGCUGGAUCUUGCUCCAGAAGAUAAGGAAUAUCAGUCAGUAGAAGAAGAGAUGCAAAGUACAAUCCGAGAACACAGAGAUGGUGGCAAUGCCGGUGGUAUCUUCAACAGAUACAAUGUCAUUCGAAUUCAGAAAGUUGUCAACAAGAAGUUGAGGGAACGAUUCUGUCACAGACAGAAGGAGGUGUCUGAGGAGAAUCACAACCACCACAACGAGCGCAUGUUAUUUCAUGGUUCUCCUUUCAUUAAUGCCAUUAUUCAUAAAGGGUUUGAUGAGCGACAUGCGUACAUAGGAGGAAUGUUUGGUGCCGGGAUUUAUUUUGCUGAAAACUCCUCCAAAAGCAACCAGUAUGUGUAUGGGAUUGGAGGAGGCACAGGCUGCCCCACACACAAAGAUCGGUCAUGCUACAUAUGUCAUAGGCAAAUGCUUUUCUGUAGGGUGACCCUUGGAAAAUCCUUUCUGCAGUUCAGCACCAUGAAAAUGGCUCAUGCGCCUCCAGGACAUCACUCAGUGAUCGGGAGACCAAGUGUGAACGGGCUGGCAUAUGCCGAAUAUGUCAUCUACAGAGGCGAGCAGGCGUACCCUGAGUAUCUCAUCACCUACCAGAUCAUGAAGCCGGAAGCUCCCGCUCAGAGCGCCACAGCCGCGGAGCAGAAGACCUAGUGAACGCCCACGGGGAAAGGCCAC